AUGCAUCAACAGUCAUCCGAGUUGCUGUGCAACUGGACUGCCACCUCAUCUCCAAACAUGUCCGAAAUCGAUGACAAUGAGAAUGACGCCGGUUUUGGUCGGUCGAUUCCAGGAUUGGCUUCUGGAGUCUACAACGAUGAUUCGUUCGAAGCGAUUCCAGAUGAUCUGAAGAAUGUAGAAGCCUUUGGAAGGCAGAACAGCUAUGGCAAUGUCGGCAAUUGCAAUGGGAAUGGAAGUCAGGUAAAGGGUUUUUUGAUAUUUUUGGUUAUAUUUUUUAUAUUUUAUGUUUUUCAUUUUAAAAUAAGGAUUAAAAAUUUGGAUUUUAAAAAUUCCGCCAAAUUUGGCAUUGUGUUUCAGAACAAUGUUUGGUAUUUUUGUGUAACUAUAGAAGUAACCAAAGCCUUCUGACACGUUUUUAAGUAUUUUUUUUGUAGUAAAGAGAUAGAAAAUGACCUAUAAAAUUUGAAUUUUGAAAAUUGCGCCAAAUAUGGCACUAUGUUUUAAGAAUAAGUUAAAAAUGGUUUUUGAUAAAAAUGUUAAAAAAGAAUGUCUUUUAGACUUUUUAAGAUGUUUUUUAUUAACUGUAGUGUUUUACAUCAAUCUAAAAAUAGCUUUUAAAAUUUGAAUUUUGAAAAUCCCGCCAAAUUUUGUAUUUUAUAAAAAUGUUUCUUUGGAUCAAAAUAUGAAACUAGAAGUUAUUUGUAGUAUUUUAAGAUGUAUUUGAUCAACUUAAGUAUUUCACAUCAUUUUAAAAACUAUCUUCAAAAUUUGAAAAUUCCGCCAAACUUGGCAUUCUGUUAUAAUUCAAUUUUUGAUUAAAACUCUAACAAUAAAAGCGAAAUAUAAACUUUUCAAUCCAUCUUAAACUUUCCAAAGCAAUAUUUAACAACUUUUUGAUAAGUUAAGUCUAGUAACGUCAUCAUUUUUCAUUUCUUUAAGCACAUCAUGUAGUUAAACUUUUUUUUGGUUAUCAGUUAAAUAUUGUUAUUACACCCGGUGUGCCUUAUAACUUUUUUUUUAAUCAGGAGUUUUUUCUUGUGAUAUUUGUUUUUGGCAGGAAAAAUUUUGAGGGGGUUGGGGAGAGGUGUUGAUAAUCAAAAGUGUCACAAAUAGACCUGUAAAGAGACGGGCCGGCCUUAACUUUUUAGCCCGAUCCACGGGGGGAUUGGUUUGGUUUGGGACCUGGCCUUUGGGAGCACAUGUGCCGGUCCGGUCUGUCUCAUAUUUACUUUGGGCUAGCCUUUUAUAGAGACUAAACUAUAAAAUAAACAAAUCAAAUUUUUCGUUGUGGGACCUAAGUUGAGCUAUGGGGUUUUUGUGUAAACUCGGCCCCUCGGGGUCACAUGUACGUACUGGUUCGGCCCAGCUUUUUCACUGGCUGGACUAGAAUAGGCUGCUUUGGACAGGCUAGGACUAAGGCUGAGGGGGCUAAAGUUAGGGCUAAAGCUAAGGCUUUAUAUAAUACAGUAUCCUUAUAUAAGCCUAAAAAGUAUUUUUUAAAACUAAUUGCCUAUCAAAACGCGUCUGAAGAUUAAAAUUCUUUAAAAAAGCGGUAAAACCCUUUGAUUUAUUGAAUUUCAUUAUCUUGGCCGACCAAAUUAGUCUUUUGUUUUAAUUUGCGGUAACUUUUUUUGAUUUUUCAAUUCACUUUUUUAACUUUUAUAUACCUAAAAUUUCAAAAAAAUCUUAAACAAGGCAAAAAACCAAUUUGCACGGUGCAGAAGAAGUUCUGCACGGUGCAGUCUGUUAUAUAAUCUGCCAUAACGCUGUUCCAACAUUUUUUGCACUGUGCAAAUUUACAAAUUUUGGAGUUUGCACCGUGCAAUCGUUAUACAUAAAAACAGCUUUUAUUUGUUAUAUGCCAUUUUGCAAUACCUCACAUGUUUUUUUUGCUUUACCCACGUCAGCCAGAGCUGUUUAACUCUACUUUAACAGCAAUGUGAACUCAGAACCGCUGAUAAUCGCCGCAGGCACUAUUGUAGUUUGCAAUCAAAAACGUAAGCUUAUAUGGUCACGGCGAACGCCAAAACAAUUCGAAAAGAGUAGGUGAGGUACGGUUGGUGAUAAGAGGCUUCAGCGUUUGUUAAACGUUCACAUUUCGUUAUCGAAUUGUGAAAUUUUGGUAAAAACUUUUUGAGAAGGCGGUUUUCGCCUUUAAUUAACGUUUUAACUAACGUAAACAGUAAAAUAGUUGUUGUUAAAGAACACAUGAGUCUUUAACUGACGUAGGUGGGGCUAAUCAUAUGAUAAUUUGUGUUUAUGCACCAUAUUGAAAAAUUUAUUUGAAUUUUGAAAUCCCGCCAAAUUUGGCAUUGAGCUAUAAAGCUUAUUUGUCUUAUUUUAUAAAAAUAGGAGGUCUACUUAACAUUUUUAAAGGAAAUUUUAUAAAUUUUGGUACCAUAUAUCGUCAUAAAAUGACCUUCUACAAUUCAAAUUUUCAAAAUUCCGCCAAAUUUGGCAUUGUGAAAUAAAACAAUUUUUUGCUUAAAUUAUAGUAAAAUGAAGUACUUUAGGUACAAUGGCAUUUGUUUUACAAAUUUUAGGUUUUUAUCUCGUGAUAAAACGAACUUUUAAAAUUUGAAUUUUUAAAAUCUCGCCAAAAUUGGCAUUGUGGUAUAAGACAAUUUUUCUCUGUAAGGGGGGUAAAAUGAUGUAUUUUAAGUUUAGUGACGUGUCUUUUAGAAUUUUUGAAUCAUGAUCUUGUUGUAAAAUGACUUUUUAAAAUUUAAAUUUUCCAAAAUCCCGCUAAAUUUGGCGUUCUGUUUAGAACCGGUUUUUAACAAUUUUUAGGCUUAAAAUUAAGAAUAUGGUGUUUAUGUAAUGUUUUAGUGUACUUUUAACCAAUUUUUGUAGUUUUUGAUAUUCGUGUUUACACAUAAUGUCAUAUUGUUUACCAUUUCUAAAUGGACUGUUUACUAGUUAUUGAUCUGAACCAAUGAACGUAACACUACCUUUAACUGAUAAAGCUCAAUGUUCUUAUGACAAUUGAGUAUUACGUCUUUAGCAGUGCAUUAAAAAACAAUGUUAAACAAAAAAAAAUUUUAUUGUUUUUUAUUGAAACGCGAGCCGCGCCCUUGCCAUUAUCAUUCACCGGAAAUACAGCAACCACAAUAAAAUAGGCUUGAAUAGUGUCUUAUCAGAGUAGAUGUAGAGAGAAGUGAUUAUAGAGUUUUUUUGUGAUAAUGAUAAUGGCAUUAAUGUUACCAUAUAAUUUUAGGUGACAAUAUAAUUUUUUUUGGAGUUAUGACAAAGCAUAAUGUAUGUAACUAAAGAUAUUGUUUUUAAAUGUCAAAAAAUUGAAAUUAAAAGAAGAAAAAUAAACAAAAAAGGUUCUGCACGGUGCAGUCUUCACAAUUUAUACUGCACGGUGCAACACAUUUUAAAACUGCCAUUACUUAACGUAUGACAAGCUUUGAAACUUUUAUAGUUAGUCUGUAUUUAAAUAAUGUAACAAAGCUCAAUUUAAAUCAAUUUUUAUUAAUUUCAGUCAAAGGUCAAUAAAGUUAUGGCACAUCGUUUAACUGACUGCACGGUGCAAAAUUAAAUAAAACAAACUCUACACCGUGCAAAUCAAUUCUACUUCUAGAUACUGUAAUAAAGCUCAAUUUAAACUAAUUUUUCAUGAUUUCAGUUAAAGGUCAAUAUAGUUAUAGAACAUUUUUUAACUGACUGCACCGUGCAAAACCCAAAAUUUAUAAGUCUGCACGGUGCAACCAAUUAAAAAACGGCCAUUAUUAACCUUGUUUUCAAUUUUUUUUAUUUUUAUAUAGUCUACUGUUAAAUACAGUAUAACAAAGCUCAAUUUAAACCCAUUUUCAAUAAUUUCAGUUAAAGGUCAAUAAAAUUAUGGCACAUUUUUUAACUGACUGCACGGUGCAAAAUUUGAUAAAAUAGGGGCUGCACCGUGCAAAUCGGGUUUUCCUUUGUUUUUAUAUUUUUUUUGAAAUUUUAAGUGAAUAAAAGUUGAAAAAAUCAAUCGAAAAGACAAAAAAAAGUUACCGCAAAUUAAAACAAAAGACUAAUUUUGGACGGCCAAGAUAAUGAAAUUCAAUAAAUCAAAGGGUUUUACCGCUUUUUUUAAAGAAUUUUAAUCUUUAGACUCGUUUUGAUAAGAAUUACAUUAGAAAAAAAAAGUUUUAGGCUUGUAUAGAAUACUGUAUUACCUAAAACACUUUUUUUGAAAGAAGCCUUAGCCGUAGCCAGAGAGCCCAAGCCUAGAGCCCUACCCCCAGAGCCCUAGCCCAGAGCCCUAGCCCAGAGCCCUAGCCCAGAGCCCUAGCCCAGAGCCCUAGCCCAGAGGCCUAGCCCAGAGCCCUAGACCAGAGCCUUAGCCCAGAGUCCUAGCCCAGAGCUCUAGCCCAGAGCCUUAGCCCAGAGCCCUAGUCCAGAGCCCUAGCCCAGAGCCCUAGCCCAGAGCCCAAUUGCUAGCCCUUUUCUUAGUCCUGGUUCUGCUUCUACCUUUAUUUUUACCAUUAUCGCUACCCCUGCUUCUGCUUCUGUUUAUCCUUAUUCUACUUCCCCCCCCCCCCCCCACCAAUUUCCGUGCCCUCCCCCCCCUUCUCCUCUUCUUGCCAACGUUACCUUACCCCUAGCUCUAGCUAUCUUCCUACCUCUAUUUUUAUUUUAAAAGCUCUAAGCUAGCUCUACCUUACUCUGCCUUUCAUUUAACAUAACCUACAAUUACCUAAAUCAAUAUCAUCAUUAUUUUCAAAACUUUUUUGUUUUUUAAGCCAAAACUCCAAUUAAAACCCCAAAAACUCUUUUUCAAAGCUGAUAAAAGUGCAUUUCCAAUCAAUUCGGGCAGCCAUACCUUACAGUAUCCUUUCUUUCGUUUUCGACAAAAAACUUCAAAAAACUUUUGAAAUGGACUCGAAAAGGAGAGCGUUCAUUGGCUUGUCAGCCGGCUGUUAGACGCUUUUCGGAAGAGGAAUCGAAUUGAAAUUGAUAGAAGUUAUAAGGAAGUGAACUGAAAAACCGUUUUUAAAGUUUGGAUGAUUUACUGGGGAUAGUAAAAUGGGUAGAAAUUGAGAGUUUCGGGGUGGUUUUUGGGAAAAACGGUGGAUAUUAUCAUAGGUAUAGGUAUAAAUUUUAAAAAUUUUACAUUUUUUUGUUUUUUCUUACUUUUUCGACCGUUUUUUUCAAUAUUUUAAAGCUCAUAAGUUUUUAAAUUCUUUAAAAAUAGCCUAAAAUUAAAAAAAGUGAAAAAAUCAGUUGCACGGUGCAGUUACAAUUUUAUAAAAUUAAGACUGCACUGUGCAAGAAAUUAAAAAAGUGUUCAUAACUUUAAUGGCCUUGGACUGAAAUAAUUAAAAACUAGGUUGUAAUUUAGCAUUUUUAUUCUAUUUUAACUUUAUCAAAAUAAAAUGUUUUUAAAAUUUGAAAGAAAUUUAAUAUUCAACCUUACAAAGUUUUUGGCACCGUGCAAUGAAUUAAAAAAUUGAUUAUACGUUAGACUUAAAUGGCUAAAAAUAAGCCUUAAUUUAGCAUUUUUAAUGUAUUUUUAUUUUACCAAAUUAAAAAUUUUUUAAAAUUUAAAAGAAAUUUAAUAUUCAACCUUUCAAAGUUUUUUGCACCGUGCAGUUUUAUAAAGUUUUAGAUUGCACAGCGCAAAAUUUUUUUAUUUAUUAAACGUUUAAAAUAACUGCCCUGCCCUGUUUUUUCAUAGAUCUUCCCUGCCUUGCUCUGCUUUGCUUUGACCUGAGCAGUGUUUUGCCGGACCGGUCCGGUCCGGAUUUUCAAAAAUUGCAAAAUUGAAAAUAACUUUUUAGCUUAUGUUUGAAGUUUUAAAAAAUAAAUAACUUUUGUGAAGGUCCGUCUUUGGCUUUCAAGUUAUUACCGAAAUGGACCACCCGGACCGGCAAGACCGAUUCGGUCCGGCCGGUCCAAAUGUUUAGCGAGGAACUUGUAUGAGACGGACCUUCACAAAAGUUAUUUAUUUUUUUAAAGCUUCAAAUUAUAAGCUCAAAAGUUGUUUUCAAUUUUGCAAUUUUUGAAAAUCCGGACCGGACCGGACCCGGUCCGGCAAAACACUGGACCUAAGCUGCCCAAGUCUACCCUAUUCUAUCCUACCCUACUUUUAAUUUUUUUAUCUUAUCCGAUCCCAUCCUUGAUUUUUUCGUUCUGCCCUAUCCUACUCUUCAUUUUUUUCCUUAGCCUGCUCUACUUUUCCUUUUUUUUACUUUACCCUGCCCUACUUUUUCUUCCCUCCCCCCCCUCCCCCUUCUCCACUAAUUUUACCCGUCCUUCACCCAAUCCCAACCCAAUCGUACAACCAAUAAUAUAAACAUAUAUACCCUAUACAAGCCUACAAUUACCCACCAACAUGAAUAUUUUCAGGCCUACCGCCCCAGCCCGUCGAAUUUCCGCGUGAAGGAUGAGCCCCACAACCCGACCGGCGCCCGAAUGAGUCAAGAUUUCGGGUUUCAGGAAGACAGUUCCAUGCAAAUUCAUCACGAUUUAAUGUUCCGCCGCAUUAUGCAGGACAUUUUCACCACCUGUUCCAGCCUUUGUCUGCCCACCGGUAAGCCGAUUUGA